AUGAUAGCAAAAGUAACAGUAACUAUAACUUUUAUAUUUUUCGCGAUCUGUGGUGCGGAACCACUAGAAAAAUCAGAUAUUUACGACACUACUGCAGUGAACAGAUUCUUUCAAAGUUUGAUGGAAAAAGUAGAAAGAAAUACUUACCAAUUAGAGAUCAAGACCGAUGAUGACACUAAGAGCAGAAUUUUGAAAGAUAUUUUAUCGGAUGCAGUGGAAGCGCUGGAAGUAUUAAAUACGAUAUCUAGCGAUAUUCUUGAAGAGUAUUGGUUUCCCCAUUUCCGGAGGCUUUUGAAAAAUUUACAGGAGGCAGAAAUAAUGGAAGGAGAGGUCAGAAGAUCUUUCAUGCCACUAGUAAGUAGCAUGCAAGAGACUUGGGGAACAAUAGACGCGCAUGCUGAAUCGCUGAUUUCACUUCAUAAGAGUAAUGAUUCCGAUCAUUUGGCUGGUUUGUGUCCGUUGCUGUUUGGAGUGACAAGAUUUCUUGAAAUUGAUCAUCGGGCGCAGUCUAUUGCGAAGAUUUAUCAAAAUUUUAUUGACAAUGUUCUUCAAGAAUUUAGUUUGGAAAGUUCUUGGAAAUCUUGUGGUCAAAAAAGUUCAUUGCGGGAAGGUUUGUUCAAAUUUUUCCGUAAAGUUAUGACUUCAUACCUCAAAGAAUUCGUCUUGUAUUGGUUUGUAAAUGUUGCAAAUGCUCGAUGUAUGGACAGAAAUAGUCCUGGAAUGCUAGGCGAGUUAUUUGGUAUCUACGUGAAUAAAUUUGAUAAAAAUUUAAGAAUAACUAGAAAUACUAUUCACUUUUACCAAUUUAAUAAUAGAGAGUGGUAUUAUGAAUUAGAAAAAAUGAUCCAAACAAUAAUUGUCAAUGAAAAAGAUAUGAGUAUCCCAGAAUCUUGUAGUCACAAUUGUGAUCUCAGUCCAUUAAAAUAUCCAAUUAAUCAUAGUGACUGUAAAGAAUUCCGUGAUUGUCACUUAAUAAAAGGUCGUUUGGAAGUGUGUAAGACUUACGAAAAUUAUAACUCAAGACGCUACCAGUGGUUCAAAGAUUCUGAGGGAGUUGUUUAUGGUAAUCAAAGUCAACAAUGUUACCAGAAAGAAUCUUUAGGAAGCUAUUAUGAUGGAUGGAAAGUAAGAGAUUGUGACUACUGCAUGUGUACUUGUAUCAAGAAACAAGAGUCUGGAUACCAUGUUGUGACUGCUAUCAGCUUCAGGGAACAAGUAUCGAACACUGCAGAUAACAUGGUAGUUGUGGGUGUCAGAUUUGUUCGACAAGGAUACAUGAUCCACGUCCAAAUAAAAGAAGGUAGAUUAGGACUAACGAGAUUCAACAAAUACGAUCCUUGGAAGCCAGUAGAAGACAUUGGCUACGACGAAAGCACGCAGAAAUUUUUCCUCAUAAAUGGAAAUACUCCACUGCAACUUGGUCUCGAUUAUUGGCACCCAAAAACUAUGAAUCUUGACGACCUAGUUGCUCCUCUCGGGUAUGCUGUAACCGGCGUAAGAUUUGGGCUUGCUGAAGGUUCAAUUGAACUACAAAUACGAGUGUCGCCCAUGGAUUUUAUAAACGGAAGAAUUUUAGAUGAUGAUGACUGGACUUAUUGGAUAUCUCCCGAACAUAAAGAUCAGAGGACCGAGCUGAUCUUAAGCGAACCAGAUCUUCCGACUAAGUCAACCAAAAAUCUAGUUGAUUCAUCAAAAGGACAGUUUGUCGAGUUCCAAAGAUCUGAUUUAAAGAAAGAUGCUGGGCAAUCAACCGUCCCGUUUUUUGAUGCUAUGGAGGUAGAGGGUGCUCCAGGGUUUCCGGUAGGAGGCGUUGGAAUUGUCCAUCGAGGCAAAAAGGGAUUUGGGGGCCAUCUACCGACAAUACUUACCAAAUAA